GUGCUGGGCGGGGAGGUGCUGUGCCCGACGCCCGCGGCCCCAGGAGCUCUGGAGCCGCUACCGUGCCUCGCGAGCGGCCUCAACAGGGUCCGCAGCCCGGAUGCGAUGCUGUCCGGGCAUGGCGCCGGUCGCGGUUCUGUCUGGGCACACGGAGGGGUACUUGGCGACCCUGCCGGCCGACGAGGUUGUGCAGCAGUUUCCGGCGUUCCGGAUGCCCCUCGUGGCGGCCUACAGCUGGCACGUCGUGCCAGCCGACAGCUCCUCGUCGGCGUCGGACCAGAGGGGGCUCUUUCGCAUCUGA